AGGGGAGUUGAGAAACCCAGGCUCAGGCUGCACUGGCUUCUCCUGCCCACACGAGCGAGAGAGAUCAAAGACUGAGGACAUGGAGCUGAGCAGAGUUGCAGCGGCCCUGGGGCCCACUGGCCAGCUCCUCCUGUUCCUGAGCUUCCAGACCCUGGCUGCCCAGGCUGCCGACACCUGUCCAGAGGUCAAGGUGGUGGGUCUGGAGGGCUCGGACAAGCUCUCCAUCCUCCGAGGCUGCCCGGGGCUGCCUGGAGCCGCAGGGCCCAAGGGAGAGGCAGGCGCCAAUGGACCGAAGGGAGAGCAAGGCUCCCCCGGCAUCGUCGGGAAGGCAGGGCCGGCCGGGCCCAAAGGAGACCGAGGGGAGAAGGGCGCACGUGGAGAGAAAGGAGAGCCUGGGCAGCUCCAGUCAUGUGCCACAGGACCUCGCACCUGCAAGGAGCUGCUGACCAGGGGGCACUUUCUGAGCGGCUGGCACACCAUCUACCUGCCGGACUGCCAGCCCCUGACGGUGCUGUGUGACAUGGACACGGAUGGCGGGGGGUGGACCGUUUUCCAGCGCAGGAGCGACGGGUCGGUGGACUUCUACCGGGACUGGGCCGCGUACAAGCGGGGCUUCGGCAGUCAGCUGGGAGAGUUCUGGCUGGGGAACGACCACAUCCACGCCCUGACGGCCCAGGGAACCAGUGAGCUCCGGGUGGACCUCGUGGACUUUGAGGGCAACCACCAGUUUGCCAAGUACAGGUCCUUCCAGGUGGCAGGCGAGGCAGAGAAGUACAAGCUGGUCCUGGGAGGCUUCAUGGAGGGCAAUGCAGGUGACUCCCUGUCGUCCCACAGAGACCAGUUCUUCUCCACCAAAGACCAGGACAACGACAACCAUUCGGGAAACUGCGCGGAGCAGUACCACGGCGCCUGGUGGUACAACGCCUGCCACUCCUCCAACCUGAACGGCCGCUACCUCCGGGGACUGCACACCAGCUAUGCCAACGGCAUCAACUGGAGGUCGGGGAGAGGGUACAACUACAGCUACCAGGUGUCGGAGAUGAAAGUGCGUCUCACGUAGGGGGGGCCCGGCCCGGCUCCUCCCCGUCCACCGGCCUGCAGCCUCCAGAAGCUUCGCUCCGUCCUGCCAGCAUCUCGUCAUCCCUGCCACCCCCUCACUCCUGCUCCAUAAACCUACCUUGCCCAGACCCUUCUCUCCCAUCAGUGUCUGAACGCAUGUGCCCCACGGCCUCACAGAGGAAGAAUCACGUUUCAAAAGUG